GCGGGAUCGCUCGGCUUCCGCGUUCGGGCCUGGCGCUGUGUUAGAGGCGGCGGCGGCGGCAGCGGUGGGGCGAGGGGCACGGGCUACGGGCAUGGACAGUUUCGGGGAAGAGACCGACUGGCGUAGCGCCGCCUUUCGCAGAAGUUGGUCAGCCAAAUGAGGUUGUGCAUGCAGGUACCUGAGGAGGCCAGAAGAGAGUGUCCUGUCUGUAGGAGCUGUAGUUGCAGAUGUUUGUAAGCCACCCAACAUAGCUUCCAUGUGCUAGGAGUUGAACUCUGAUCUUCUGGAAGAGCAGGUUUCUCUGUGGCUUUGGAGCCUGACCUGGAACUACCCCACACCCAUUUAUAUGUGUGACAUUAGUCUGCUGGGAGACUAGAGCUCACCCUCAGCAGUGUCCCUCUGGCCUCUGGUGAUGCAGAAGAAAUUGAUGAUAUGGAGCACCGCCUCCAAUAUUCCUGGAAGCUAAGUACCCUGAUCUGACCAGGCUUGUUAGGAAGUGUAGGAAAGAAAAAGCUCUGCCUUAACUGAAGUUAGGGCUGCUGGAAAGUUUCUGCAAGUGUUUGUUCACCAAGAUUGACCUGAUUAGGUUCUAUUCCAAAACAAAAGGAGACAACCCUGAUUUACAACAGGCCUUUAGGCCCAUCCCUACAUCAAAGGAAUGGGCCUUUAAAGGGCAGCUCAAGGGGGAGCAGAGGGUUUCAACAACUUUUAAGUCCUGAUCUGCCUUUAAGUUCCCUGUGCUCUUUUCAGGAGAAGGUACUUUUUCCAGGCUUCCUGAUAGAAUCCCGGCCCCUGGUAAACUGUGAAGGAGAGCACUGGUGUACUUAGGAAAGAAUGCUGGCAGCGUCUUUUGCAGUGAAACUCCCCAUCUGCCCAAGUGGCCAGACUUAUAGUCUCCUCUCUGUUUAAAUUGUUCAAAGUGGAACCUGGGACCUGAGGGAGGUUUAAGAAUGACAGCGUUGUGGAAUGUGUAAGCCAAGGCCUGUAUAAGCAGCAGUGAGGAUGCCAUGAGGAAAGCUGGUGUGGCCCACAGUAAAUCUAGCAAGGAUAUGGAGAGUCAUGUGUUCCUGAAGGCCAAGACCCGGGAUGAAUACCUUUCUCUUGUGGCCCGGCUCAUUAUCCAUUUCAGAGAUAUUCAUAACAAGAAAUCACAAGCUUCUGUCAGUGACCCCAUGAAUGCACUGCAGAGCCUUACUGGCGGACCCACUUCAGGAGCAACUGGCAUUGGCAUGCCUCCUCGGGGCCCAGGACAGUCCCUAGGCGGGAUGGGUGGCCUUGGCGCCAUGGGACAGCCAAUGUCCCUCUCUGGGCAGCCACCCCCUGGAACCUCUGGGAUGGCCCCUCAUGGCAUGGCUGUGGUAUCUACAGCAACUCCACAGACUCAGCUGCAGCUCCAGCAAGUGGCAUUGCAGCAGCAACAGCAGCAGCAACAGCAGCAACAGCAGCAGUUCCAGCAACAGCAGGCAGCACUGCAACAGCAGCAGCAACAGCAGCAGCAGCAGCAACAGCAAUUCCAGGCACAACAGAAUGCCAUGCAGCAACAGUUCCAAGCAGUAGUGCAACAACAGCAGCAUCUCCAGCAGCAGCAGCAACACCUGAUUAAGUUGCAUCACCAAAGCCAGCAACAACAGAUUCAACAGCAGCAACUGCAGAGGAUGGCACAAUUGCAGCUGCAGCAGCAGCAACAACAGCAGCAAGCUUUGCAGGCCCAACCACCAAUGCAGCAGCCACCAAUGCAGCAGCCACAGCCUCCCCCUUCUCAGGCCCUACCCCAGCAGCUGCAACAGAUGCAUCAUCCACAGCAUCACCAGCCACCACCUCAGGCCCAGCAGUCCCCAGUUGCUCAGAACCAACCACCACAACUCCCACCACAGUCACAAAGCCAACCUUUGGUGUCACAAGCACAAGCCCUCCCUGGACAAAUGCUGUAUGCUGCCCAACAGCAGCUGAAAUUUGUCCGUGCUCCGAUGGUGGUCCAGCAGCCGCAGGUGCAGCCCCAGGUGCAGCAGGUGCAGCCCCAGGUGCAACAGCAGGCGGCAGUGCAGACAGCACAGGCUGCCCAGAUGGUAGCUCCCGGCGUCCAGAUGAUUGCUGAAGCCUUGGCCCAAGGCGGGAUGCACGUAAGAGCCCGGUUCCCACCCACCUCCACCAUGUCUGCUGGCCCGUCAAGCUCCAUCUCUUUGGGCAGACAGCCCACAGCACAGGUCAGCCAAAGCAGCCUCACCAUGCUGUCCUCACCAUCGCCGGGCCAGCAGGUGCAGACCCCACAGUCGAUGCCCCCUCCUCCACAGCCCUCCCCACAACCUGGCUCACAGCCCAACUCCAAUGUCAGCUCCGGCCCUGCCCCAUCCCCCAGCAGCUUCCUGCCUAGCCCCUCACCACAGCCUUCUCAGAGCCCAGUGACAGCACGCACCCCACAGAACUUCAGCGUCCCCUCCCCUGGACCUUUAAACACCCCUGUAAACCCCAGCUCUGUCAUGAGCCCAGCUGGCUCCAGCCAGGCUGAAGAACAACAGUAUCUGGACAAGCUGAAGCAGUUGUCCAAGUACAUUGAGCCCCUGCGACGCAUGAUCAACAAGAUCGACAAGAAUGAAGACAGAAAAAAGGACCUCAGUAAGAUGAAGAGCCUGCUGGACAUUCUCACUGACCCCUCUAAGCGGUGUCCCCUGAAGACCUUGCAGAAGUGUGAGAUUGCCCUGGAGAAACUCAAGAAUGACAUGGCGGUGCCCACACCCCCACCACCCCCAGUUCUUCCAACCAAACAGCAGGACCUGUGCCAGCCACUCCUAGAUGCAGUCCUGGCCAACAUCCGUUCGCCUGUCUUCAACCAUUCCCUGUAUCGCACAUUCGUGCCUGCCAUGAUGGCCAUCCAUGGCCCACCUAUUGUGUCCCCAGUGGUAUGUUCCCGGAAGCGCAGAUUUGAGGAGGACGAGCGGCAGAGCAUCCCCAAUGUGUUGCAAGGUGAAGUGGCCAGGUUGGACCCCAAGUUCCUGGUGAACUUGGACCCUUCUCACUGUAGCAACAACGGUGCUGUCCACCUGAUCUGCAAGCUGGAUGACAAGGACCUCCCUAGUGUGCCACCACUGGAGCUCAGUGUGCCUGCUGACUACCCUGCUCAGAGCCCGAUGUGGAUUGACCGUCAGUGGCAGUAUGAUGCCAACCCCUUUCUGCAGUCAGUGCACCGGUGCAUGACCUCCAGGCUGCUGCAGCUUCCCGACAAGCACUCUGUCACAGCCCUGCUCAACACCUGGGCCCAGAGCAUCCACCAGGCCUGCCUCUCAGCUGCCUAGCAAACUGAACUUGAGGACCAGUGGCAGCCCCUGCUGCGGAGUUCACACCACUACCAUGUGUUAUUGGGGGUUGGCUUCCUAGAGGGCCUGGCUUAGGCUAGCUUUCCUGCUUCUCCUUCUGUCUUGGGACUGUCAGAUGUUUCCCCAUGCUUGUGCAGUAUUGACCAGGGAGCUGUGGAGCUGGCUGCAUGAGGGCCUGGGAUGUUCCCAGGAAGGCUUUCCAUUGGUUUCUUCCAGAAGCCAGGCCCAAUGCUUCCUACAGCCUUCCUGGACCCCAUGUCCACUCAGCAGCAUGAGAACUCAGGUCCCAUCUAAGCGUCUCUGUCACAGUACAUUGUACUUGUGUCUGGAGAAUGUCGAGGACAUAGGAAACUCUCACUGUACACACAGUUCUCCAGUCACAGUGUGCGGUUCAGGUAGUGCCUCAUAAGGUACAUGGACACCUUACUAUGAAUACUUCUGAAUCUAGGGCCCAGGUUUCAGUUUGAAAGAAAGGCUAGUAAGGCAGCGGCAGCAGCAGGUUUUCUGCUGCUAGCAGGACCUCAGCUUCAUGGAUCUCCUCAGUGCUGUGAGAAGGACCAGCUGGGGCGGGGGCUGCCCCCUGACAUUCCUGUGCCACUCUUGGGUGAAGGGCCUUUGUCAGUGCUAUGAGACAUGGGCGGCUGACCAGAUACUGUCAUUGGGACCCACAGCCUCAGAACACCAUAUUCCUAUUCUCUGUACCGCCACCAGGAGCAUGGGCUUCCUUCAGAACGCUGCCCUAAGGCACUUGCCAUGCUGGGCCGUAAUGGGUAGCGCUCUGGUGAAAAGAAAUUCCCCCUUUUUAUAUGUGCACUACUCUGUUAUAUGAUUCUUAUAAUAAAUUUAUUAUUCCUGUGUUUGUCAGGAG